AUGAGUUCCGAGUUAAAUGUCCCCGUAGACCCUCCUCCUUCAGCCUGCUGUGCUGAGCCCACUGGCAAGGGCAUGGAUUACCGGGACUGGGUCCGUCGUAGUUAUCUGGAGCUGGUCACCUCCAAUCAUCACUCCGUUCAGGCCCUUUCAUGGAGGAAAUUAUACCUGAGCCGAGCCAAGUUGAAAGCUUCCAGCCGGACCUCUGCCCUCCUCUCUGGAUUUGCCAUGGUGGCAAUGGUUGAAGUCCAGCUUGAGAUGCAGUACCAGUAUCCCCCAAUGCUGCUGAUUGCCUUUAGUGCUUGUACCACCAUUUUAGUUGCUGUCCAUCUCUUUGCUCUACUUAUCAGCACUUGCAUCUUGCCUAAUGUGGAAGCAGUGAGUAACAUCCACAACCUGAACUCCAUCAGUGAAUCUCCCCAUGAACGUAUGCAUCCAUAUAUAGAGUUGGCAUGGGGUUUUUCCACUGUUUUGGGCAUCCUUCUCUUUCUUGCUGAGGUUGUCCUCCUAUGCUGGAUCAAAUUUCUGCCAGUGGACUCCAUGAUGAGAAAUGAUAGUACUGUUAUCCAGAAGACCAGCCAGCAUACAGGCUGGCAUGCAGCCCUCAUCUCUACUAUAAUUAUGGUUCCUGUGGGGAUCAUCUUUGUUGUCUUCACAAUCCAUUUCUACCGGUCACUUGUCCGCCACAAAACAGAACGCCACAACCGAGAGAUUGAAGAGCUCCACAAACUGAAAGUGCAGCUAGAUGGGCAUGACAGAGGUUUGCAAGUUGUGUGACAAAUGGAUGCCUUUUUGUUCCUACACUCAUGUCCAGCUGAGGGGUUUUUUAGAAACAGCAGA